CGCAUGUAAACAGUACCAACUAAUGUAAUUUUGGUGUGUAAAACAAGAACGCUUCUCUGCCGUUUAAACUUGUACUAUAUUCAUUGUUAAUUGUUGGACGGUUGAAUUUUACUAUAAAUUAGAUUGGUUUUGAUUAUUUUGGGAAAUUGAAAAGAAUUGUCGCUAAUUAGAAAACAUGGAUGAGAAAGGUGGAUUGUUUUCGCAUAUCAUUGGGGAUGUUGUAGAAAGACCAAAAACCUCAGGGUCUGUUGAAUUAAAGGCGAAGCAGCGUCAUCCUGGAGGCUUUCCUAGUAUACCAAAAGUAUUGCCUAAACGCCAUUCAAACCCUAUGAGCUCGUUUAAAGAGCGACAGAUGCGAAAUAAGAAAGCAACAACAAUGGUAGAUGAGAAAAAAGGAAGCUUUGAAUCACAAGGGAUUGAUGAUGAAAACAGUGUUCGACUGGAUCGAAUGAACGAACUUGAAAUUUUAGAAGCACAGAAUGAAAUUCGAUCUACAAUCCGAGACGAUCUAUUAGAAAUGCUGAAAAGUAGGCAUCUUAAGAAGAAGAAAAAGGAAGAGGAGGAACUACAGCAAGGAGUUUCUUCCGAGCCUAACUCUUCUUACCUUAAGGGACAAAGUACAGCUACCUAUGUACCUUCUCGUUUUCGAACAAGGAAUACGGACCAGUCAAAUUCCAACCUACAGAGUGUACUUUCAUCUGAUGUUAUUGAAAGUUCUUCUUCAAGCAACGAUUCCCCGUCCGAUGGCAGAAAAGUUGAAAAGUCAAGGAUGAAGAAAAAGGUAACCUUUACGGAUCCUUCUAUAGUCAACGAACAUAAUCAAUCUGGGAAGUCUUUGGAAAACAAGAGCGAGUUGAACUUUGAGAAAAAGGAUGGUGAAAUAAACUCGAAAUCAAUCAAGGAAGAACCUAGUUUAGAAUCUUCAGUGAAUCAAACAGAUGUUCCUUUGGGACCAGAAUAUAACGUUCAUAUGCCAGAAAAACGAGUCGAUUUGGAUCCAAACGCGCCCGACUUUUAUGAGCAAUUACAUGAAAAGUACUUUCCGAAUCUACCCGUGAAUGAAAAACAAAUGCAAUGGUUAAAAGAUCCUAAUGAAGAAGAAAAUACAUAUACUCCUGAGGCGGAGGGUGUCCAUGCUCAUCAAAUCCGAUUUGGUUUUCGCGGCGAAAUUAUCCCUCCUGGUAAAAGUCAUAAAAUCCCAGUAACUGAAGGUCUCCAUCAUCAUGGAGAUGCUCCAUCGAGUGCCGGUUAUACAUUAGUGGAAUUAGCUCAUUUACUGCGCUCGCAAUUCCCGACGCAGCGCUCUAUGGCGAUUCAAACCGUUGGUCGUAUCUUGUAUCGUCUAAAUUCGGGUGAAUUUGGUGAUAUAAUUUCGCCAGAAUUGCAUACAUUAGUGGAAGACACGAAUAUUCUUGAUCUUUUAAUAGCAGCAUCUGGAGAGAACGUUCGCCAUAUGACGGUUCGUUCGUUGGCCGUUGAAGCUUUAUGGUUAACUUCACAGAGUCAACAUGGAUCAACAAGGCAGGCUCUGUAAUACUAGAGGGAUUUUACCAUUUGCAAGGAAGUGUGCUGAGUACGAGAUGGUUCGUAUUUUGAUAGCUUUCAUGCGUAUGUUUAAAGUAAUGAUUUUUAGGUGGACAGUGGGAAUUUUGAGGUUGUAAUAUUUAAUUGAUUCAGUUUUUGUUAUUUUUCUUAAGACGAAGUCGUUAAUCUCAACCGUGGUUUACAUGCUGAAAAAAUCUUGUGUGAAUAAAAACAAAUAUGCUACUCAUAGAAAG